UACACAACAAAACUUCUUUUGGUGAAAGAGUUGGUGAUCUCAAUGUGAAAAAGUUUACCUAUUUAUUGUUGAAAUUUAGGCUUAUUCAAGUCGAAAAGCCGUGAUCAUUGAAAAGAAGAGUAUAAAGUAAAUGGCCGCUCAACCACCUUCAUCGGCUGUGCGAGCGUUACAGCUGGAGCUAAAGAAACUUACCGAGGAACCAGUCGAAGGAUUCGUCGUCAAUGUGCCAGAUGAGAGCAACUUAUUCGAAUGGGACGUAGCGAUUUUUGGUCCUCCAGGUACUCUUUACGAGGGUGGUUACUUUAAGGCACACAUGUCCUUCCCUCCUGGCUACCCAUACUCACCACCAACGUUUCGCUUUCUCACGAAAAUGUGGCAUCCUAAUAUAUACGAGUCCGGUGAUGUGUGUAUUUCAAUUCUACAUCCCCCGGUUGACGAUCCGCAAAGUGGUGAAUUACCUUCCGAGCGAUGGAACCCGACACAAAAUGUCAGAACAAUACUGUUGAGUGUCAUUUCCUUGUUAAAUGAACCAAACACAUUUUCUCCUGCAAAUGUGGAUGCCUCUGUGAUGUUUAGAAAAUGGAGAGAGAGUAAAGGAAAGGAUAGCGAUUAUGAAAAAGUUGUUAAAAAACAAGUUCAACGUUCCAAACUGGAGGCCGAAAAAGAAAACAUAAAAGUACCAACAACUGUCGAUGAAUACUGUGUAAAAUCUAGACCCUCACGAUCUGAACCUGAGGACUUAACAGAUUUCUAUGAUGAUGACUAUGCCGAUGAUGUGGAUGAUGACGAUGAUGACGAUGACUGCAUGGAUUAUAGUGAAGACUCGGGGAAUGAAGAGACGUGAUACAUGUGACUAAGGGCUGGACCUCUGUCACAAUGUAUAUUUUGUACUGUGUAACAUAAGAGACCCUUUGAACCAUGGCAAGAUGUACAAGAACCUACCUGGCUUAAAAAGCUUGGAAAAACCUUUUUCUUUUGUAAAACUAUAUUUGUGAUACAUUGAGCAGUGUGAUACAUGGGUGCAAAGACUGUAAGAGCUGCUACCCUUGGUUUUCACAAGUGUGGGAUACUGUGGUAUGCAUGUCAUGUUACUCCUUUGCACAGCUCUACCUUUGUGCAGUUAUCAGAAAGUCAUGGAAAGCUUUACUAGCUUUACUGUCAGUCAUGAACUCCACCCCUUGAGAUCGGAAUUUUUUGAAAGUAGUGCCGUGUAGCCUUUCCUGUUUGUGGUGGUAUCUAUGUCAUGAAAUAAAUUAACAACCUUAACCCUUAAA